AAGCGGCCAGUGCUGUAAAAUUAGCCUCGUAGUCUUCUUCAGACGACUUUCCAUAUGGACUGUUUUUAAAUCGAGGGACUUACGUCUACACAGACGACAGACCCACUUUCUGAUUUUUUUUUUUUUUUUUUUUAAUUUCAAACCUCAAAUCGCACACCGGAUCUUCAAUCUAAUCAAAAUCAACCGAAGUGUUAGUGUGCCGGAGUUUGAAUCUCGCCAGAUCAGACGGUGAAAAUGGCGUCCGCCGCUGCUAUGGAGAAGAUGCAGCUCCGUCGAAGCUACCAAAACUUGUGGCACAGUGACCUCUUGGGUUCCAUUAAAAAAGACACUCCUUAUUGCUGCUUUGCGGUUCUCUGUCCCCCAUGUGUAUCUUACAUACUUCGGAAACGAGCACUUUACAAUGACAUGUCCAGGUAUGUCUGUUGUGCUGGUUAUAUGCCCUGCAGCGGCAGGUGUUAUGAAAGUUCUUGUCCCGAAGUUUGCCUUGGCACUGAGGUUUUCUGUUGCUUUGGAAAUUCAGUGGCCUCUACUCGCUUUCUGUUGCAAGAUGAAUUCAACAUCCAGACAACUCGCUGCGAUAAUUUUAUUAUUGGGUUUAUGUUCUGCCUUCAGCAAGUUGCAUGCAUAUUUUCCAUAGUUGCAUGCAUUGUUGGAAGUGAUGAACUUCGGGAGGCUUCUCAGAUUUUGAAUUUGUUGGCUGAUCUAGUUUAUUGCACGGUUUGUGCAUGCAUGCAGACACAACACAAGAUUGAAUUGGACAAAAGAGAUGGUGUGUUUGGUCCACAACCUAUGGCAGUACCCCCUGUUCAACAGAUGUCUCGCCUUGAUCAGCAAUAUCCUCCCACAGUUGGAUAUCCACCACCGCAUGAUGCAUAUGGACAGCCCUACGGUUACCCACCUCCUCAGGCACAAGGCUACCCCCCUCCGUCACAAGGCUACCCCCCUCCGUCACAAGGCUAUCCUCCUGCUUAUCCACCUCCUGGCUAUUCUAGGUGAUCACGUUUUCUGUGUUGCAUCUGAGUUUUCUGUCCAAGGUGACUAUUCUGCUGUGUUGCAUGUUACCAGUAAAUUUCCAAGUCUUGUGAUAUAUUUAACUGGGUUUCGAGUGGAGCUGCAACUUUUUAUGAGUGUUUACUUGCCAAUAGGCCAUUGUUAUAGUAGUAUAUUUGUGUGUUUUGUGAUAUUACCAUUGUUUAUUAAAAAAUACAUAAUCGGUACAAGUACAA